AUGGUUGAUGCACCGCAAGCGCCGCCAACUGUGGCUGAGAUGCGCAAGUACGUGGGCGAGCUGCUUUUGCAGAGGGGCGCUCUUGGCCCCGUUGGUGAUUACAAGGCCCAGGUGCUGCUCCAGAUGGCUCGGUACAGCGAUGCAGUGAUGCGGCGGGUGACCAAUGAUGUUCAUACCUUUUCUGGAGCCACCGACUUGGCGUUCAUCAGCGGCGUGAUCGGCAGGGCACAACGUCGUUGUGGGGCCGCGGGCCGAGGCCCAAGAGGCGUCGUGCUUCAUGAUUCCGUGGUGAAGCAGAAGGCAGAAGGCAAGGCUUCUCAUGCUGCACUGGAUCGCCGACUUGCAGAGUGCUGGUGCUGA